CACACUAUGGCAAAUAAACUCCUUUAAUUUUUUUUUUAAAUAUUCGUAUUUACAGUUAUACAGUCACUGGUAUUUCUUAAUAUAAUCACAAUAUAUUCGAAACAUUUUUUAUUUAAUAUUUUUCAAAGUGUAAUUAUCCAAUAUGGCUCGGGGUAUAGGAAAAACGUAAUUAAGUUGUAAUAUUCUUAGGAAAGUGCUUAACAGGUAAGUAGUGUACAAACAGUGGAAACAGUGGUAAUUUUGAUAAUGUUAUUGAAAAUAUAAUGAGUUUAAAUAUCGCAUUUAUUUUCUAGUUUACGUAGCAAUUAGGAAAUUUUAUGCAGUUACUAAAGACUACGAUAACCCAAAAUAUCUUAAUUUCUAUUUUUCUAUUCAGAAUAAUUUUAAAUAGCUAAUAUGAAAGUCCCAUCAUUUGCAACUGAAAAACUGAAGAUUUUAUACCUGUGUUGAAGACAUACAAAAAUAAUAAAUACAAGUUAAACGUAAUUGAAAAUCUUAAUAUUCAAAUAUGGAAAUCAGUAUUAUUGAAAUUAUAGCAGGAAUAGGGGUGUUAGUUAUGUUUUUGUAUUAUCGCUUUACAGCAAAUUACAAUUUUUGGAAAAAUCUGAAAAUUAUAGGACCCGAUCCUAUUCCAUUUUUUGGUAAUUCUCAAGAUUUUAUCUUAGGUCGGUUGAAUGUUGCUAUACUUUCGAAAAAGUUCUAUGAUGAAUAUCAAAACGAGCCAUACGUCGGCGUUUACGAAGGAAGCACACCAAAGUUAAUUAUGAGAGAUCUAGAUCUUAUAAAAGAUAUUCUGAUCAAGGAUUUCCAUCUAUUUCCCGACCGAGGUAUUCUGAACAAGGAAAAUCGAGAUCCUUUUGAAGAAAAUCUCGUUAACGUAGAGUAUGAUCAAUGGCGGGUUUUGAGAUCAAAUUUAUCACCUUCUUUUACUUCUGGUAAAUUAAAGGAUAUGUUUCAUUUGAUUACCGAGUGUGCUCAAAACUUCGAAAAGCAUGUGGCAAAAAUUGCAAGAAAAGGUGAACCGGUAGAAUGUGGUGAUCUAGCAGCUAAAUAUACGACGGACGCUAUUGGUGUGUGUGCUUUUGGAUUAAACAUCAAUUCUUUAGGGGAUGAAAACAGUGGCUUUCGAAUGUUUGGCAAAUGCUUAACAGAUAUGAAUUGGAGAAAUGUUGCUAGACACGUAUGUCGUGAUGUAUUUCCUCGUUUUUAUGCGUUUAUUAGACCUUUAGUAUAUAACAGAGCUGAAGAUUUUUUCAUAAAUUCAAUAAAAGAAACAAUGAAUUAUAGAAAAAAAAAUAAAAUCAGAAGAAAAGACUUUGUUGAUAUAUUAGUAGAUUUACAAGAACAACGAAAUGGAAAACUUAAAAAUUUAGGAUUAACAGAUGAAUUAUUGAGAGCACAAGCAUUUGUUUUCUUUUUUGCUGGUUUUCAUUCAACAUCGACAAUAAUAAGUCACGUGCUGUAUGAGUUAGCACUUCAUCCAUUAAUUCAGGAUAAGUUAAGAGAAGAGAUAAGAGGAGCAAUAGUCAGAGACGGAAAAUUAACAUACGACAAUAUUAAAGAGAUGAAAUAUUUCGAUAAAAUAAUAAAAGAAACUCUACGAAAAUAUCCUCCUUUUAAUUUACAAAGAAGAUCAGCCGUUGAUUACACAUUUGAAGGUACAAAAGUAACUAUUCCUAAAGGUACUAGGUUAGUCAUUCCAGUGUGGGGGAUUCAACGUGAUCCAAAUAUUUGGCCAGAUCCCGAUGUAUUUGAUCCUGAAAGAUUCAACGAAGAAAAUGAAAAAGUCAGACAUCCCAUGAGUUAUUUAACAUUUGGUGGGGGACCUCGAAAUUGCAUUGGAAUACGUUUUUCUACCCUACAAAUGAAGAUUGGAAUAGCUACAUUAAUCUGUAAAUUCAAAGUGGAUACCUGCGAUAAAACUUGCAUUCCCUAUCGUGUUCAAGCGAGAGGAGUAAUCCCGAGACCGAUCGGUGGGCUGCAAUUGAAAUUUAUUGAUCUUUAAUAUUUCUAACAUUAUUUGCAUACAAAAUAUUGUAUAGCUUAUUGUUCAUGUUUUGCGAUUAUUUUAUUUUUUUUUAUGGAUUACUUAUGCUCAAAUCUGUAUAUUCCAAUUUACUUUCGAUUACAAGUGUUUUACGCUUUCCCGAUAUGUACAUGUAUAAAUUCUGAUAAUUAAACAUUUACAAAUGUAUUAUUAUAAAGUAAAUAAAAAUUUUCC